AUGUCUUCACCAACUACAAACCACUACGACGCCAUCGUCAUUGGCUCGGGCCAAGCUGGUGGGCCUCUGGCUCAAGCAUAUGCGAAAGCAGGUCGGAAGACGGCGUUGAUUGAGAGUACGCAUGUUGGAGGAACAUGCGUCAACGAAGGAUGCACGCCUACUAAAACAAUGGUAGCAUCGGCGAGAAUCGCCCACCUCGCGUGCCGGGCACAGUCAUACGGCGUACAAUUCAAGAAAAGCUCUCUUAUCAUGAACAUCGAGACGGUUCGAAAACGCAAACGCGACAUUGUCGAUUCCUUCCGUGGCGGCGGCGAGAAUCGCAUCAAGGCCACCGAGGGCUUAGACCUAAUCAUGGGCAAGGCGAAAUUCACGGGACCCACGACCAUCGAAGUCGCCAUCAAUGGGUCGAAUGAUAAGAUAGUCCUCACGGCAGAUGAAAUCUUCAUCAACACUGGCUGCUCGCCUGCUCAGCUGGACACCAAGAAUGCAGAAACUGUCCCCGCGAUCUUGAAUUCCACGACAGUCAUGGAGCUCGGCGAAGUCCCACGACACAUCGCUGUGGUCGGAGGAGGAUACGUGGGGAUCGAAUUCGGACAGAUGCUGAAGCGGUUCGGAGCGAAAGUCAGCAUCAUACAACGAGCCGACCGACUCCUGCCGCGCGAAGACCCUGACGUGUCGGAAGCCGUGAAGCAGAUCCUCGUCGACGGCGGCAUUGACGUGUACACGAGCACGCAGACCACGGACAUCGGAAACGUGACCCUUGGCCAGAUCGUCAUGUCGCUGAAACUUGGCGACGGGAGCAUUAAAUCCCUUCUCCUCUCGCACGUUCUCAGCGCCGCAGGCCGCGUACCGAACACACCAGACCUAGGCCUCGAAGCCGCCGGCAUCGAAGUCGACAAGCACGGCUUCGUGAAAAUCGACGAGCACCUACAAACGACCAACCCGCAGGUCUACGCGCUCGGCGACGUCAAAGGAGGCCCGCAAUUCACCCACAUCUCGUACGACGACAUGCGGGUAGUGCGGCACAACCAACUGACGCACGCCAACAGCGGCGAAAAGGCAUCGAUACAGAACCGCCUCGUCCCCUACACUGUCUUCAUGGACCCACAGCUCGGCCGCGUCGGGCUGACGGAAACCGACGCGCGCAAACAGUUUCCAGAGAAGAACAUCAAGGUCGCGAAGAUGCCAAUGGCGUAUGUCGCGCGCGCACUCGAGACAGAUGAGACAAAAGGUUUCAUGAAAGCUGUGGUGGAUGCGGAUACCAAGGAGAUAUUGGGUUUUGCGUGCCUGGGAAUUGAGGGCGGUGAGAUCAUGAGUAUGGUCCAGCUCGCGAUGAUGGGUGGCUUGACCUAUGAUGAGCUGGAAGGCGGGAUCUUUGCGCACCCUUGUCUGAGUGAGAGUCUGAACAAUUUGUGGGGGUUUCUGGAAUGA